AUGGGCGCUACGGGGAAGCGGGGCUUUGCGUCGUCCAGCGACAUCACGAUAGAUACUUCGAAGCGUAGAAAAACGUCUGGUGGUGACGGUGUUGGUGAAGACGAGGCGGAAAACAGUACUCCCCUUACCGAGUUGGUUCCCCUUUUUGAUUACAGCGAGAUCCAUCAAGCUCUUCAAAUAGUCGAUACACCAGACCAACACACAGAAGAAGACCCUACGCCUUCCCAAGAGGUCAUUGAACCAACUCAGCGGAAUGAUGUGGAAUACACCAACUACCGAAGUACCAUUGUCGGUAUUCGGUAUUACAAAGGGAUGGUUGGGAAGGGGGAAAGCGUCAUUUUAGAACGGGAGCCGUUGAAUCCAUAUGAUAGGAAUGCUAUCAAAGUGCUCAAUAUGCGAAAUGAUCAGGUGGGACAUAUACCCAGGGAGCAGGCUGCGGUCUUGGCGCCUUUUAUGGAUGCCGGUACGAUAAGAGUCGAGGGAACAGUUCCCUACGGAGGCGACAAUGUGUAUAGGAUAUCACUCGAUUUGGAGGUGUACGGACCGCGCGAAUCUUACGAUCAGGUUAUGGCGGCGUUGAAACCAUUCAUUGGAACAUCUUCCAAGGGCCCGUCCUCUUCGUCUGCAAAAGGUCCCCCUCCACAACCGCUGCCCCAACCGCUGCAAGACUUGAUGCAGGCCGGGACCAAAGCGGACGUCAAUGAGUCCCGUAAAGUCUUGGAUUCGCUCUGCCAACAAGGCAAAGAGGUCUCCGAUCUUCCCCUUCAUCCGUCGCCCCCAGCUCUUUGUACGCGGCUGCAUCCGCACCAGUUGCAGGCUCUGGCGUGGAUGGUACACUCCGAGCAUCCUUCGCUUCCGACAGAUGAAAGCGAUCAGAGGCAGUUCUGGAUGAAGAGAAGUGACGAGAAGGGGGCAUACUACCUUAACGUGGCCACCAAUUCACCAGUGCGCAAUCCGCCCGAACUCUGCCGCGGCGGAAUGCUGGCAGAUGACAUGGGUCUAGGUAAAACCCUUACCUCUAUUGCAUUGAUUUUGAGUGAUCCAACGGGCGCGCCUCUCAUUGCUCCACCUGCGACAACCUCGACGAGGGCGAAAUACGGCCAUCAAACGCUCAUUGUUGCGCCACUAUCGGUUCUUUAUAACUGGAGAGAGCAGAUUGACCGUCACGUACCCGAUGGCAAACUCCGUUACUUGGUUUAUUAUGGCGCGGACCGACCGCAAACCGCAGCGACUUUAAAGAAAUAUGACGUGGUCAUUACAACGUAUCAAACCCUUGCCAUGGAGUUCAACGAAGACUAUUCAGAGACUACCAAGGGAAAGACUAAACCUAAGAAAGGGCCGUCCGAAAACGGCCUGUUGUAUAGCAUAAAAUGGCGCCGAGUUAUUUUGGAUGAGGGCCACAUCAUCCGGAACCGCCGAGCCAAAAUAUCCAAUGCAUGCUACGCCCUCACCUCUGAACGACGCUGGGUUCUGACGGGAACACCCAUCAUAAACACCCUCGACGACAUGUUUUCUCUCAUCAAAUUCUUACACUUUACGCCAUUCAACGAUCAUCAAUGGUGGAACCGAUGCUUUACCCGUUCGUUACGAUUGGGCGAUCGGGAUGGGCUGACUCGAUUGAGAGUUUUGAUGCAGAAUUUGUGUUUGAGGAGGACAAAGAGAAUGAAGAUAAAUGGAAGGCCUAUUGUGGAGCUCCCAGAGUGUAAGGUGUUUAUGUUCCGUUGUGAGUUUGGGGAGGAAGAGCGAGAGGUGUAUAAAGUUGUUGAGACGGAGAGUCAGAGGCGCGUUGAAGAAUAUGUCAAGGAGGGAACGAUGUCGGCCAAUUACGCAAAUGUCCUAGUUUUUCUCACACGCCUCCGUCAAAUUUGCGUCAACAAGGACCUGUGUCCGAAGCACUUUAUAGAGGAGUUGAUGUCCAACUCGUUCGCCACUCCCACCCAACUCGAUCUAACCGACGAAAACAUCAAAUACCUCAUCAACAAACUCGUUGAAGCGGAUCAAAACAAUGAGGAUUGCUGUGUUUGCUUGGACACACUAAAGGAACCCGUCGUGACGCCUUGCGCACAUGUGUUUUGUAAGGCAUGUAUUUCAGAGGUGAAGAGCACGAAUCCGGUUUGUCCCAUGUGUCGAGGCGAUUUGGAGAAUCGAGUGCUUUUACCAUUACCACCCCCACCACCACCAGAAUCAUCUCAUCCCGACCCAACACCGACUCCCAUUGAACCAUCAACCCAUCCAACUCGCAAUUUACCCUUCAAAUCCACUAAAAUCCACCACCUCCUUCGUUUCCUAAAAGCUACACCACCCAACGAGAAAUCACUCGUGUUUUCCCAAUUUACUGGCAUGCUUGACUGUGUUGAACCGUUUUUGACGCAAGCGGGGAUCCGAUAUGUUAGGUUUGAUGGAACCAUGUCCAUGAAGCGACGCGAAGAUGUUUUGAGGAGGUUUAGCGGCGUUGCCACCAAGCGUCCAACAGCGACACCAAGAAAAGGAAAAAAACGGAUGGCGGAUGAAGAGAUUGUAGAGGACGCUCAUGUCAUGUUGAUUUCCCUCAAAUGUGGGGCAUUGGGCUUGAACCUCACACCCGCCAACCACGUAUACCUCCUUGACCAACAUUGGAACAGUAGUAUCCAAACUCAAGCUAUCGACCGUGUGUAUCGCCUCGGACAAACCAAGCCAGUUUCUGUCGUCCACAUUGUUGUGUCUGAUACGAUUGAGGAAAGGAUUUUGAGUAUUCAGGCUAGGAAAGAACGGUUGAUUUCGGAUGCGUUUGCGGGUAUUAGACAGGCGGGUAAAGGUGUUGUGGAUGAGCGGAGGGAGAGGAGGGCGAGGGUUGAGGAGGAUCUUAGGGAGAUUUUUGGGAUAUAGUUAUGCAUAGCAUUUGAGCGAAUGAAAAAUGAACAUUAGAAAGAGACUGGUGCUCAGUAAUUACAGCGAGGCCUUCAAAAGCGAGCACAACAAUUUGG